CCUUUUGGACGACUUCACUUUCGACGGGCCCAAUGGUCGUCACCUCUGUUUGGUCCAAGAUUUCGCCGCCUGUAGCAUCACGGUCGCCAAAGAAUGGUCUUCCAACAAUAUGUUCCCUGUCGAAACAGCCCGGUCCAUCGCCGCGCAGCUCAUUUUGAGACUCGCAUAUCUGCACUCUCGCGGGGUUUGUCAUGGAGAUCUGCACAUGCACAACUUUUUUAUCUACGGCUUAAACAUCGAUCAGCUUAGCCCUCACGAGAUAUACAGCCGCUACGCCCUCGACACAGCACCGGUGAAACGCGUCGAUGGGGCUGCUCCCGAGCCACAUGCCCCCCCUUAUGCAAUUUGGUCUCUGCCCAUCAAAACCCCGGCCGACAAGCUGGCAGACCCCGUUCUCAAAAUCUCCGACUACGGUACCUCGUUCGUCACCACUGACAAUCCCUUCCCCGAGCUCUGUACUCCCACCCUCUAUCGACCCCCCGAGGCUCUCUUCGAUGACCGCAUCAUGCCCUUAGCUGCCGACAUCUGGACAUUUGGCGUCAACCUUUACGAAGUCCUUGGGGAGCGACCACUUUUCGAAACCUUCACCUGGGACCGUGACGAUAUUCUCGCUGAUAUAAUCAGCACCCUAGGUCUGCCACCGCAGCGCUGGUGGGACACCUGGGCUAACCGCGGCGAACUUUUCGAACAAAACGGCGAGUGGAGGAAAGGCGGAAUCAGUCGCAUCUACGACCCGGUUUGGCGGCCUUUGAGCCAGCGUAUGUGGGAUAUGGGACGGGGUGAACAGCCAGAAGACUGUGAGUGGGAUGUUGAAGGCGGCGAGAUGAGGGAACUCGAGGUCCUAUUCAAGGGCGUGUUGGCGUGGGAGCCGGAGAAAAGAUGGACGGCGGUGGACUUGGUAAGCUCGGAGUACAUGGUCAAGUGGGCGUUGCCGGCUUGGGAGAGACAGAAGAGCAGGCAGUAUGGCGCGGUACCGGGCCCGGCGUAAUAAUCAUUUUUGACCGACAACUCGUGCAACAUCCUGACCGGCAACUCAACUCCAUCAAAUACCCCCGCACGCCCCGUCAGUGUGGAUGC